AUGGGGCUGACCGACGCCGAGAAGAAGGAAGUGUCCGCCCUGUGGGCCAACGUGGCCGGGAACGAGGAGGAGUAUGGCGCCGAGGCCCUGGAGAGGCUGUUCCUGUCUUUCCCCACCACCAAGACCUACUUCCCCCACUUCGACCUGAGCCGGGGCUCGGCCCAGGUCAAGGCCCAAGGCAAGAAGGUGGCCGGCGCCCUGACCUUGGCCGUGGCCCACCUCGACGACCUGGACAACACCCUGUCGGCGCUGAGCGACCUGCACGCCCACAAACUCAGAGUGGACCCGAUCAACUUCAAACUGCUGGCUCACUGCUUCCUGGUCGUGAUGGCCAGACGCCUCCCGGCCGAGUUCACCCCCUCCGCCCACGCCGCCCUGGACAAGUUCCUGAGCAGAGUGGCCACCGUGCUGACUUCCAAGUACCGCUAA